CGAAAGCAGCAGAGGACACCGAGCUCCAGGCGCAAGGGCGGGAGCCACCGCCGUCCCUAUGGCGCCCACCGCCCUCUGGGUCGCGCUGGUCGUGGAACUGCAGCUGUGGGCCACCGGGCACACCGUGCCCGCCCAGACUGCCCAGACGCCCUACACGCCAGAAGCCCAGAAGGAGUGCCGGAGCCCAGAGGAAUACUAUGACAGGGUGAUUCACAUGUGCUGUGCGAAGUGUCCACUUGGCCAGCAUGUGAAGCAUUCCUGCAACAAGACCUCAGACACUGUGUGUGCUGACUGUGAGAAGGGCACGUUCACCGAGCUCUGGAACCAUCUCUUCAGUUGCCUGAGCUGCAGGCCUUCCUGUCCCGCUGACCAGGUGGAGGUUCAUGCCUGCACUAGACAGCAGAACCGAUUGUGUGCCUGCAAAGCUGGCCAGUACUGCGCCUUGAAAACAAGUUCUGGCAGCUGUCGGCAGUGCAUGAAGAUGAGCAAGUGUGGUCCCGGCUUCGGAGCGGCCAGCACAAGGUCCAAAAAUGGAAAUGUGGUAUGCAGGGCCUGCGCCCCAGGAACCUUCUCGAACACCACGUCCUCCACUGAUAUGUGCAAGCCUCACCGCACCUGUAGCAUCCUGGCCGUUCCUGGAAAUGCAAGCAUGGAUGCAGUCUGUGCACCCCAGUUCCCAACUCCAAGCACCAUCCCAAGGACAGUCUACAAAUCUCAGCCAGAGCCCACAGGAUCACAGCCGCCAGAGCCCACAGGAUCACAGCCGCCAGAGCCCACAGGAUCACAGCCGCCAGAGCCAGAGCUGCGGUCCAGCCAAAUGCCAAACACCUCCUCUGUGGUCUCCACCCCCAAAAGCGAACAGGUCACUGUAGGUGGCAUCUCUCUUCCAAUUGGUUUGAUCGUGGGGGUGACAGCUCUGGGUCUGAUGGUGUUGGGGUUUGUGAACUGCUUCAUCCUGGUGCAGAAGAAAAAGAAGCCCUCCUGCCUUCAAAGAGAAGCCAAGGUGCCUCACCUGCCUGACGAGCAGUCCCGGGGUGCGACAGGCCUUGAGCAGCAGCACCUGUUGACCACAGCACCGAGUUCCAGCAGCAGCUCCCUCGAGAGCUCAGCCAGCACUAGAGACAGGAGGGUGCCCCUUAUGGGCCACCCCCAAGCAACGGCCACAGAGGGAGCCCAGGGGUCUCAGGAGGCCUGUGCAGGUUCCAGGAGUUCAGAUUCUUCCCAAGGCAGCCACGGGACCCAUGUCAACGUCACCUGUAUUGUGAACGUUUGUAGUGGCUCCGAGCACGGCUCGCAAUGCUCUUCCCAAGCCAGCGCCACAGUGGGGGACCCAGAUGCCAACCCCUCAGGGUCCCCAAAGGACGAGCAGGUCCCCUUCUCCCAGGAGGAGUGUCCUUCUCAGUCCCAGCGGGAGACCCCAGAGACACUGCGGAGCCACGAGAAGCCCUUGCCCCUUGGUGUGCCUGAUGUGGGCAUGAAGCCCAGCCCUCCAGGCUGGUACGACCAGCUUGCAGUCUGACCCCGGCGGGGGGAACAAGCUGCAAGGAGACCCCCAGGCCUUCUAGACCCUCCCCCCACAGGACUUCAUGACCCUCUCUGGGUCCAAUCCCCUUAGCGGCCUGGGCAGCCCUCCUUGCAGGUCAAGAGAGGGCUGGGGCAGCUAGGGCGAUGGAAAACUCCUGCUGUUCUACAAGGCAGUCCCAGCAAGUCCUCGCUCUUCUGUGACCCUCCCGGGCUCUGGCCUCAUUCUGCCUUCUGGGAGGCCCAGUAUCUUUCCCUCCUAAGCAGCCAAUGUCCUCCUCCAUAUACUUGGAGAAAGGACAGCAGCUUUUUAGCCUGGUGCUGACACCGCAGGGCGGUCCCAGCAGGAAGGCGGAAGUGCUGGCCUUGUAGGACGAAAAAGCCCUUCAGGUUAGUGCUAGACUCUUGGGAAGUCUCCAGACCCACCAAUCCUUCUGAUUCAAGGGUCAGCUUCACAGAGGCCCGACUGGCCUUGCUCUCCUGCAGGGUGCUGGGGCUAUAACUCUGUGAUACUGUGUGCUCUUAGCCCUGGGUUUGAUCCCAGGCCCACAUACAAAAAGUAAGUACAUGCAGUCAACAGCACAGCCAGCCUCCUGUGUGAGUCACCUGCUCUGCUUUGACUUUUACUCCAGUGGACAAGCAGAGAGUCGCUGCUCUUCCUCCUGGCCUUCUAAUGAGCCUUUCAGGGAAUCUCAGGGACUGUAGACCCCAGGCCCCUGCAGCCACCUGUCUCUUCCUACCUCAGCCUGAAGCACUCUCUAACUCCCCAGCGGCUUGGUACUGUACCCUCGGUGACCCUGAGUGCAUGUCCCGGCCCACCUGGAAACAGCUGAAGCCAGCUAUUUGCCAAAGGAUUCGUACCCUUUUUCUAACCAACCUGCUCCCCUAGCAUGCCCAGAUCUGGAAGGAGAGGAUUCAGGAGACUCUUUAAGAGGCAAGCUCAGUCCCAGGUGCUUGGGUUCCGUAUUCACAAAUUCCACUGGGUAUGAACUGGGUGCAGGAGCCCAAUUGUUACCAUGGAGACUUAAAAGCUCAACACUGACAUCAAGACUUGGACGGGCUACUUAGGUCUGCGGCAUCAGACUGGAGAGGCGAUGGAACACGUCUGCCCCCUGGUGGCCAGUACUGGGAUGACCUCGGUCUUCCUAAGCAACAACAGCAUGAGUUGAAAGGACUAUUUCUGGGCGUGGCCUCAGCCCCCGAACAUUUGUGCAUCCCAACAGGGUCCAUUCAGGAGCGCUACACUGUAUUCCUGGGCAGAGUUCCUGCUUAUAAAUGCUUUUGUUGUUGUUUUGCACACUGAUCCCUGGCUGUGUCUGGGGGAUGGUUUGGAAUUUUUCUGUAGUCCUCCAGGCCUACCUCUAAUGUGUGAGGAGAGAUGGGGUCAUGGUUAAUUGGGUCCAGGAGGCAUGUAGUGAAAGGCUCUGGAGCCACCCCACCCCCUACCCCACCUUUCCAGCCGCCCUUGCUGAGAACCUGGCUGUCUCCCACUUGUAGCCUGUGGAUGCCGAGGGAGCUUCCAGCCAGCUGGUCUCUAAGUCUGGCCUUUUCAUUUCGUUCUGGGAAGGAGGUGGGUUCUGCCAUUUGGGAAAACCACACCAUAGGUCUGGCAAUGGCUGUAGCACAAGCCCAUCCCUGGGGUGCUUAGACCAGCUCGGCUAUGUGAGCAGCGGCAUCGGCUGGGGAACAGUUUGCGUGCUGACCUCUUGACACAUUCCUGAGGGAUGACGGUUUUCUAGAACCUCUCUCCUUUUCUUUGUAUGUGUGUGGAUGCAUGUUUGUAUAUAUCUGUGUGCCUCUGUGUGUAUGCAUGUUUGCAUGUGUGUGUGUGUGUGUGAGGCGGCAGCGGUUGGUUUUGGGUUUUUGAUCACUCUCUAUCUAACUACGGAGGCAGGACUCUCAUCUAUACCCAGACUUGUCUCUGCCUCUAGAGGGCUGGGAUUACAGGCGGGCGGCCUUGCCUGCCUGGCAUUUACACGCAUACUAGAGGUCUGAAUUCUGAUCCUCAUGCUUGUGUACCGGGCACCUUACUCACGAGACACCUCUCCAGGUGCUCCCCCUCCCCUUUGAUGACUUAAUUUUGGAUUGGCAAGAUGGCUCAGUGGGAAAAGGCGAUUGCUGACAAGCCGGAUGGCUGGAGUUGGAUCCCCAGGGUCAUGUAGCAGAAGAAGAGAAGUGACUCCAGCAAGUUGUCCUCUGACCCCCCCCCCACAUACAUGCUUCUGCACACCUGUGCAAGUACAUCCACACACACAGUAAAUGUAAUAAAAAUUUUAAAAUACA